GCACGCUUGGGGCCUCCCUGUCGUCACUUUGACACCAUCGCCAGUUCAACCGCUUUCUUUCAGAGCUUCGCCUUUUGCUGGGUAGCGCUGCUCAAUGAUAUAGCAACCUGCAAUUUUAGAGGCCUAUUUCUGCACUAGUCUAUCGUUCGACAACGGCCGAUCAUCCUCACCCGUGCAGUGCACGCUGCACCGCCAACUCUAGGCGUCAUCAACACGUCUCUCGAAACUGACCUCAUCCCUCGCCAACAAACACAUCGAAAAUCCCGUUAAAUAUGGAUGGCCGCAAUCCUGCCACUGGGGCCAUUGGCGUCGAUAUACCGACGCCGUUAGCCACCCUUCUCACAACCGCAACAUCGUCUCUUGCUGCUGCAGCUACCGCUGCCGCCACGACUACCGCAUCCAUGACAUUUGUUUCAUCCGAACAUAACCCAGCCACGCCUCCGGUUCCUGAAGGCGAAUGCAGGCUGCUUGGUCCGUUUGCUCUUCUUGUGCAAGCCGCACUAGGUGGUCUUGCUUUGCUAGUCCUCGUCUUCAAGAGAUAUAGGGAACGACCGCAGCGACCUGUUAAGAUCUGGUUCUUUGAUGCCUCGAAACAAGUCUUUGGAUCCGUCCUCGUCCACAUCGCCAACGUCUUCAUGUCUAUGCUCACGAGUGGACGCUUCAAAAAAAAACCGCCACUGACUGUCGCCACACCAGCGUUGAUGAUUCGUGAUGGCUUUUUGCCAAAUCCAUGCUCAUUCUAUUUACUCAAUCUUGGCAUCGACACUACUCUGGGUAUACCCAUUCUUAUCGUUCUUCUACGCAUCAUCACCUAUCUCGUCUCUUUUACGUCACUCGGCAAGCCUCUCGAGUCGAUCCAAUCAGGUUACUAUGGAAGCCCCCCAAAUGCAUGGUGGUGGCUCAAGCAGUCCGUCAUUUACUUCUGCGGCCUCUUCUGCAUGAAGCUAUGCGUGCUCAUCAUCUUCCUCGUGAUGCCGUGGAUUGUGGUGGUGGGCGACUGGGCCCUCCGCUGGACCGAGGGCAACGAGAAACUUCAAAUUGCAUUUGUCAUGAUGAUCUUCCCCCUCAUAAUGAACGCCUUACAGUACUACAUCAUCGACUCUUACAUCAAGAAGGACCCAGAAAACUCAAUAGUCCCCAACACUGACGACGGACGCGGCAGAUUUGACCAGCUGCGGUCCUCGGUGGACGAUGAUAAUGUUGACACACAGGAAGAGCACGGUAUCAUCAGAACUCGCCAUCAUGGACGCCCUGAAAUAGCUGCAGAGUACGACCCAGACUUUGAUGGUGAUGCCCAUACUAUUAUUGGCAGCAGUGCUAGUGGCCGCCUCUCAGUCAACAAGGACACACCCGAGACAUCGGUGAAGAAUGCCUAGUGCUUUCCAGUAUAAAGGGUUCUCUUGUACGAAUAUCACCAUGUCAACUAGAUCAUUAUUGGCGGCUAUUCUUUUUUUGGAAAUGAAAUUUGCAGCAGGAGCAUAAAAAUGGCGGGAGUUAAGCAUUCACAUCUAUAUGAACAUUGUUUUAGAGUCGUUACACAAAUGAUUACUAUCUUUCUCUCAUCUGCAUGAUUGUCAAGUAUCAUACAAUUUCUAAAGAAGCGAAAAUGGUAUCCCAACAAAGACGCCGUGCAUUAUGUUAUGUACCCAUGAACUAUCCCUGUAAAUACGACAAAGCCCUAUCGAUGGUUUUCGGCCUCACCAUCCUUGGUGCUGUCCAUACUGCUGCUGUUGUUGCUGCUGCUGGUAACCAGGUUGGGGGUUUCUGCUGCCAUUGAGUGACUGCUCCGAGUUGACACGGCCGCCGGUGGGAGGUCGUGAGUAUCCCGAGCUAAAGUCGAACCCAGCGUUGUUGGUGAUGGGUGACGUUGGGGGAGGGGCGAUAUCAGGGCCGCGGGGUGUUGGCUGCGCAAGAGGAACGGUGUGCUGAGGGCUGCGCAUUUGAGGUGCUGGAGAGUAGGUUCGGUUACCGCCAUCUCUUGGGGGAGGGCGAGCGUAGCCGUCUCCAUAAGGACCUGGUGUGUUCAAGGGCGAUGGUUGGUACUGAUCGGGUCUGCCGCCGGGUCCGGGUCCGGGGCCACGACGUUGGCCGGGUCCUGGGGAGUUGCGAGGACCAGGAGACAUGCCACCCGGAGAUCUGGGUCCAGGAGAGUUUCUCAUGCGCGGCUCCAUACCGAAGGGAGCACCUCCGGGGUUGCUGCUGUCGCCGGUUCCAUGGCGACGCAUGGCAUCGGGACGUCCAGAGUUUCCUUGAGGGGGAGGACGGCUGCCAUAUUGUCCAGCAUUGCUCUCGCCGGUACCUUGACGACGCAUUCCGUAGCCGUCGGGGGCAUCACCAGUAGGCCGGCGCUGCAUCUGGGGGUUGGGAGGGCUCUGAGAGUUGCCUCUAGCGGCAUUGGGAGUAGCAGUAACUGGUGUAAUCGGAGUCAUACCGCCGUCCAACUCAACAGGGGCGACAUGGUCACUUGUGGGCAUCUCCAUAAUUACUGGCUCAUUUGAUGACUGGUGGCUCUUCUGGCCAUAGCCAAGAGGUUCGGCGGACAUUUCAAAGCUUUGAGCGCUUACGCUGCCUGGGAGCUCUGCACCAACGGCCCUGGGCUCGGACGGCAUCUCUGAGUAGCCACUAUGAGGGGUAGCCUGUGCUUGACCAGGUUCGAUUGGCAUCUCGGCAUAGCCCUGGUUGUACUGAUGAGAGGCGUCAUGCUGUUGCUGGCCAAGGCGAGUACCGGCUGCUACCAGAGGGAUGGUGGGUGCAGGAAGCGCGGCGGCGUGGUUAUCGUAAGGCUGGUCAAGACCGUAACCGUCCGACAACCGGUUGGAGCCGUAGCCCUGUCCAGGUUGACCGAAAGGACCUUGGCGAUCGUUGGGUGCAAAGGGGCUGACGGUUCGGUUGUCGUGCAUGCGGUUGCCAGCUCCUACGGCGUUGUACUGCUUCAUUUCGCCUUGGGGCGUGCGGUUAUAGCCGUGUCGUUGUUCGUGGAUGGACACGGGGCUGACAGCUCCUGCGGCCGAGGCACCAGCCAUUCGCGGGUCGUUGGGAUGCUCGUUGGUCUUGGGCUUGAGUGCGUUCAUUUCUACGGCAUCAUCUUCUUCAAUCAAGACCUUCUUCGAGUUUGCGGUGUCCCAUCCAGGCAUUUGUGGGAGCGCAUCCUCAGGCCCCUUUCGCCCAGUCUCAAACUCGGCGUAUUGAGGAGCUGACGAGUGGUGUUGUGGCGGUGGUGGUCCGUAGUUGGCAUGCAUUGGGGGCUGUUGCUGGUAGCCGUGGUGAGGCGGCACGUAAGGUGCGUCGAGAUACUGGUUAUUCUUUCGUCGAGGCUCGCAGCAUGUGCAGCAUUCACAGCACUUGAGGCAUCGGAAGCAGCUGCAGCAGCAGGACAUGCCACAGCAGCAGCAUCUGACAACACAAGUGAUGACACUGAGUAGGAUCAAACUUCCAAUAACAAUAAUGGCGAUAACAGGCCAUCUGUGGAGGUUGUUAGCGGGGCAUACGCGACUGCGCGUAGCUUCUAUUGUUCAAACUUACUUGCAGUAGGCAGCCUUCAUGCAGUUGUCCCAGCUCGAGAAAGCAGUCUUGACGUUAUCAACGUGCUGCUCAGUGUCGCCAAUAAUGUUACGUCGGCGGAGCGUCUCGGCAACACUUCUAGCAAAGUUCUCCUUCAUAAUCUCCAGGAGACCGCCGCGGAGGCUUCUCGCCAUCUCCACGUCGAUGGUCGGCAUGAUGGCGGUGCUAAGUCUUGAACUGAAUGGAAAAUAAAUAUAAAAUGCCCAGAUCGACGUUGCAGCAACUAAGGUUUGAGAUAGACGGCCCGUCGAAUAUGUAACGUCGUAAUGUAAGCCAGUGUCUAGUACACCAUUCUAAGUUGAGGUGUAGAGGCGAUGUGACAGCGAUAUGCUGGAGUCGAAGCUCGGAUUGACACAAGAUCUGCGAACGACGGGGGAAAGGCUGCGAUGGACAAAGGCGAGCCUUGUGAUCACUGUAUGCGCAAGAGUAGAUUUCGACAGUAAAAACAAGCCGGGGACGGAGAGCGACUUCGUGGGGUCGUGCAGCAGAAAAAAAAGGCGGUUGGGUAAAUUAGUGCUGUCUCGGAAGAUUUAUGUCUUGGGUUCGAGUCGAUUGCGUAUGGAGCGACAGGAGGUUGGGCGGAUGGAUCUCAGCGCCAGCAGAAUAAAAAGAAGAAGAACGAUUGUAAGUACGUAGGUGGCGAUUCGUAUUUCAGUGUUGAAAGCGUCGAUGUUGGCGAAUUGCGGGAGCCGAUACGAGGUCAAGUGACGAGGCAGCCUGCGUAAAGAGCGGUUCUUUUGGUGAGAGCGAAUGAAUAAGCGAAUGCGUGGUUAAGGCGCUGACAGAGCGAAAGACGUAGAAAGGAAGGACUAGAAGAAAAAAAAGAUGGGAAAACGAAAGUGAUUAAAGAGAGAAAGCUGGAACAGCCUCUACAACUUCAUCAGAAGAAAAAGAAGGGAAGAGAACGAAAACAAUUGUCGUCUUGGUUGCGUUGCAGGAAGAAACCCAAGGAGCUGGGGAAAAGUUUCUUGUGUCAAAGGGGGAAGCACCAGUCAGG